AUGCUGGACGGAACCGAGCUAGCCAUGAAAUGGAGCAUCGGGGCCGUGUUUGCUCCGUCCUUACAAAGUGCCCUCGCACCAUUGAAGACAGCUGCACGCUGCCUCCUCGUCCCAAGGUGGUGCUCCUUUCGAUCCGCAGCGCAGCAGCAAGACCGGCGGAGAGGCUGUCGCACAGAAUCUCCUUACGAGUCCAUGACAGACACGGUCGUGUUGUCUUCAGCUGUCAACUCUGCAGUCUGGCGGUUCUAUAGGUCGCCGUCCCAGCAGACCGUUUUGCGGGAGGCAUCGGUCGAUGUCGUCCGGAGAAACCAUGAUCCCAGCGAGAACGGGGGAUCCGGGUGA